AUGUCUUCCCGAUCUGAUAACGUGGUCGUAGUCGUCGGCUCCGGCCCUGGAAUUGGAACCAACACGGCCGCUGUUUUCGCCGCCAACAAGUUCAACAAUAUCGCUCUCGUUGCCAGGAAUCCCGCUCAGCUUGACAAAGAUGCAGCCACAGUUACAAGUGCUGCCAAUGGCAAUGCCACUGUAAAGACUUAUUCAACCGACGUCAUCGACCCUGUCAAGUUCACGGCGACACUCAAGCAAAUCAGCCAAGAUCUCGGAACCGUGGAAGUUGUCCUCUACAACGCCGCCAUUGUCGCACAGUCCAGACAUAUCGAGGUCACCGACGAGGAGCUCAUCCGUGAUUUCAUGAUCUCCACCAUUGCCCUGAACAACCUCUCCAAAUGGGCUUUCCCGCAACUUACCGUGCUGGCGACAGAAGAUUCCUCUGCCCAACCCACACUCAUCGUCACUAGCUCUCAUCUCCCCGAGACGCCCGAGACCAAUCUUGUCUCGCUUUCCAUGUCCAAGGCUGCCCAGAAGAACUUCACUCGAUCUCUUCGCCUGGAAUUUGAGCCUAAAGGAGUUCACGUUGCCCUUUUGAGUGUUGCAGGAUAUGUAUUGGACCAAAACCAGAGGCUAAAUGCCAAGAACAUUGCCCAGGAGGCAUGGACUCUGUACAACCAGCCCAAGGGAAGCUGGACUGAGGAUGUCAGAAUUGAGGAGCCAUGA